GAAUUCAAUACUGUCAAAUGCUGCCGCUCUGUGUUUAAUCGUAAAAUUUACCUUAUUUAACACGCUUUUAUUAUUUUAUUGUUACUUCAAGUAGCGCGCGCUUCACUCACGGUAACCAACAUUUACCUCUUACAAAAUGCCAGGGAUAGAAGGACCCAUUAGUGAUGAAGAUUAUAUUAUACUCCGAGCCAAAGAAGCCCAGAAAAAUAAUCUAUACAGUGCUAAAGCAUGGAUGCUAACGGCAAAAACGUUAUUUCCCUCAAACUUUAAGAUCCAAUUUGAAGCCUAUCAAAUGGAGAAACAGUCUGGCAAUGUUCAAGAGGCUGCAGAUUGCUUUUCGUCCUUAAUAAUGUCAAGACAAAACCUCUCCGAUUUACUGCCAGAAAUUUCCGCUAUUGCAAAUGCAUUAAGGUCAUCAGAGACAAGUUUUUUGAGUCAAAUGUUUGAUAAUAUCUGCCCAGAUAUACAGUUAACCAUUCUGAAAACUAGCGUUGAAAAUAGUGAUGAUACAAUGGAGCAUUGCAGAUUAUUAGUUCUGCUCCUCAAAAAAUUUCCCCAGUUAGGGGUUGACAGUUUAGUUAAAACUCUUAUAAACACAGAUAAAUUCUUUUAUGAUAAUAGAUAUGCUCGUUUGCUAGUAGUUGAAACAUUACCAUUACUAAGUUCUUUAGAAUCACCAAGGUUACUUCAGAGAUUACUUAUAAAAGCUAUAGAUUUCUAUAACUCUUAUGUUAAUGAUGAAGCAGAACAUGAUAUUUCUGAUCCAUGGCAGAGACUUUAUGGUGUUUUGGAUUUACUAGCAAGACAAUUGGGGUGGGACCCAUAUCUUAUCAAUUAUAACAAUAGUUUGAAUAAAGAAACAUAUUUUCAAAAGCUCAUGCUUUUAAGAAAUUGUGAAGAUUGCCGUCAACUGUUAUACUGUGGUGUUACUUUUUUCUUGAGGUCAUUGUAUGAACAGCGAUCUAUAAAAGGAAAUCACAUUUUAAUUGAAUCAUUAUCAGAUCCUGAUGCUCCACCUUCUAAAAGAAGAAAAGGUGAAAUUGAAGUUACUGGUAUAUCAGCUCAGCAGUUUCAAGCAGCUGCAAAUUGUUGGGAGUUAUUGCACAGCAAUGAAGUUAUAUCUCGAGAAUUCACAAAGUUAGCUAAUCAGUUGCAAGUGAAACCAUGGUCAGAGGGUUUUGUUGAAGAGCUGGCUUUGUACAGAGGGAGAUAUGAGGAAGCUAUUCCACCACUGUCAGUUGCUAAUCUGAAAGCUUGUAUUAUCAGGGUUUCUAUAAAUUACUUUCAAAAAAAUUACACUGCAUGUAUUGAGAACAUAUUGCUAGCUUUACCACAACUUCCAAAUAUAGAAGGAGUGUUGGAAACAGAGUUGAUUGUUGGUGGUAAACACAGACAUCUUCAUUUCUUGCCUGUUACCAGAGUGGCUGUGAUGCACUACUUUUGCACAUUGCUCAUAAGAAUACUAUUUAAUACUAGUAACAGCUCUGAUUUAUCAUAUGGACAUAUGCUUGUGUUAAUGCAGUUGGGUUGGCCACAAGAAGAGGCAAUAUUUAUGCAUAUACUGGAUACCAUUCGGCAAAAAGGAGUAUUUCAUUACCAUUUAUUUUCUGCAUAUAUAAUUCAUAUAGAUAUUUUAGAAGAACUCAGUUUUAUGUGGAAUGAACAAGGUAAUAACAUUGCCUUGGACAUUUUACCAAAUUCUCAACAACAUUUGGGACAGAGAAGGAUAGGCACCCGUGGUGCAGAUAAAGGAGUAAAAGAAGAUUUUAAACAAGCAAUGAAAGCACAAGUGGCACGAAGCAAUGAAUCGAUACUGAAUUUGAUGAUACAGUUUAUAACAUCAGAAAGGUCAUAUCUGUUGCAAAUUUUAUAAUUCUGCUUUGUCUAUAAUAAUGAAAUAAAAUAUAUUAUUGAUAAGUAA